UUAACAUUUUAGUAUUUCCAAACUACCCACAUUUUAAUAUUAAUCUGAUUAUUAUAUCUGAAAAGUAAUUUAUUAAUUAUCAUAUAUAAAUUUCAGAAUAUAAAAUUAUUUCAAUAAAUAAAUUCUACAAGAUUUUUUUUCCUUUUUCUCUUCUUUUCUUUCUCGAUUAUUCCUCUUCUCAAGCCCAAGGCAUCGCCGUCGACAAUGUGGUCGUCAUCUUUGUGAUGCCGAGUUGGAGGUAGCUUUUGCUUGCGAGGUUGGUGUUCCGGACUUAGGGUUAACGGCAUCGGCGACGAAGGUGAAUAAGCCGAGUUUUGUGUUGUCUACUACGGGGACGGGGGAUGCUUGUGUACCUGGAUUAGAUUCCAGAUCUAAGUUUUCAAGUGACCCCUGGUUCGUAAUUCUCUGUAAAAUUUGUUUCCUAGUGAAGGGGAAGGGCUUUGGAAAUGGCAGCAAUCUACAGUCUCUAUAUUAUUAACAAAUCAGGAGGUUUAAUUUUCUAUAAGGAUUAUGGCUCGGCAGGCCGUAUGGACACCAAUGAUAGCUUGAGAGUGGCAAGUUUAUGGCAUUCGAUGCAUGCUAUCUCGCAGCAGUUGUCUCCAGUUUUGGGUUGUUUUGGAAUUGAGCUUCUCCAAGCUGACACAUUUGAUCUCCAUUGCUUCCAAUCACUAACGGGGACAAAAUUCUUUGUGGUCUCAGAGCCUGGGACACAGCACAUGGAAGAUCUCUUGAAAAGCAUCUAUGAGCUAUACACAGAUUAUGUCUUGAAGAAUCCCUUUUAUGAGAUGGAGAUGCCUAUAAGGUGCGAGCUUUUCGAUAUGAAUCUAACGCAGGCAGUUCAAAAGGAUCGUGUUUCCUUGUUUGGCAGAUGAACUGGUAUUUAGCUAAGCUUAUAUGAUCUGAGUUAUUUCCUUUUUUAUAUGUACAUCUUUGAGCAAUCUCAUAUACUCUUUGAAAACAAUGUUUUGAAUGGCAUUGGCUUUUCUAACAUGAGUAACUGAGAUAUUGUUUAGUUGGGAACUCAUGUUUUCUUCCUUGAGAUCUUCAUAAGGAUUUCACCUUAGCUAUAUACUCUGUAUGCCUAUUCUUGCCUU